AUGGCGGGCCUCAGGAAGCUGGUUACUGCCUUUGCUGGCGUCCCCGGAAUCAUCGGCCUACAUGGAGGACUGCCACCCGCGUCAGCCUUUCCUAUCACAGAGCUGACGUACACGCUAAAGGACGGGCAGAAGAUCGUGGUCGAUGACCCUGCAAAGCUGGCUGCAGCUCAGCAGUAUUCCCUUGUCACAUCAGGGUACCCACCCCUGCACAGAUGGGCAAAGUCCCACAUGCUGAGCAUGCAUUCUCCCCCAGCAGGGGUGCAUGACUUGAUCAUGACCAACGGCAACAACCAGACGAUCGAGAUGGUGAUGCGGCUACUCAUGGACAAGGGGGAUGCCAUUCUGUGCGAGGAGUACACAUACCCGCACGUGGCAGAGUCCUUCGUGCAGCCACAGGGCUACACUGCCGUGCCCCUCUCCAUGGACAGCUUUGGCAUUGUACCUUCCCUGCUUCGCCAGACUAUGGAGUCCUUCCGAGCCGCUGGCAAACCUCUGCCCAGGCUCUUGUACACUGUGCCCGUUGGGCAGAAUCCAACAGGUGUUGUGACGCCGUUCGAGCGGCGGAAAGAGAUUUAUGCGCUCUGUCGGGAGUAUGACAUCGUGCUGUUGGAGGACGAUCCCUACUACUACCUGCAGUUCUCCCCCGGGGGCGGCCAGCCCAAGGGGCUGUGCGAUCUGGGGCGCAGCUACCUCUCUAUGGAUGUGGAUGGCCGCGUCGUGCGCAUGGACAGCUUCUCAAAGGUGUUGGCGCCGGGAAUGAGGCUGGGCUGGGUGACGGCGGCGCCUAAGCUCAUUGAGAAGAUCAUCUACCACCUGCAGGGCGUCCACAUCGGCGCCAACAGCUUCAUCCAGGUGGUGGUGGCGGAGAUGCUGGAUGCGUGGGGGGAGGCAGGCUUUGAGGCCCACGUGAGGGCGAUGCAGACCGAGUACGCGCAGCGCGCCGCCGUGGUGCAGGCCGCGGCCGAGCGCCACCUGGCGGGCCUGGCCGAGUGGCAGCCGCCGGCCGCCGGCAUGUUCCUGUGGCUGCGCCUGCUCGGCAUCCCCGACGCGCGCUCCAUCCUCGACGCCCUCAAAGACUCUGGCGUCGUCCUCGUCCCAGGCCGCUUCUGCCACUGCUGCGGGCCGGAGCACCACAAGGCCUGCCCCUACCUGCGCGUGUCCUUCGCCUCCGCCACGCUGGCAGACCUCAGCGAGGGCAUGGCCCGCCUCGGCGCAGUGCUGCGCCGCUUCACCUCCCCUCCAGAUUCCACGGCCGCAUCCUCGAGUGCUGCGUCAGAUGGCGUCCCGGCGAGCGUGUUUACGUCAGCAAGCUCGGGUGCGGCGCAUGCCGGCAGGGCCGCCGCAGGGGGAAUCCGCGCGCUGGACUCGGCGUUCGAGCUGAAGGGUGGCGCGGAGGGGCCGGCAGGGAGGAAGGCCGAGGGGCGGUCUCCGACGCUAUGCCUGUCGCGCGAGGGGCCGGGAGAAGUGGUGCCCGACUGCCGCGCCAAAGUGGAACUUGUCAGUGGCAGCGCUGCCGUGUCCGAAGACGCGCUUGCGCCGCUGCCGGCUAAAACCAUCGCCGGCAUACCCGCGACCCACCUGGGUGCCUGA